UAAUUAUGAAAAUCUCCGAGAACACUUCAGGCAAAUGCAUUAUCUAUGUGAGGAAGGUGCUUGCAUUGAUGAGGAAUUUACUGCAGCCUUUCGCUCCAAGAUUGACCUUAAGGCUCACAAGGCAUCGAAGCACAUGUCCAAGAAGGAGGCUAAACAAGCACGCCAGUUGGACUGGGAAUUCAACUACGCAAGCCAUAGGAGCACUCACAGGGACGGUGUGGUUACAGGUGCAGAUUACAAUGAAACUCAUGGAUCGUACCGUGGAAGAGGGCGUGGAUUUCGAAAUCAAUCUAAUAGGGAACAUGAUGACACUGCAAGAGCAUUAGAGGCAUCUUUGCAAACUGAGCAACGUGAUACUGCAAAAGAGAAAAGACCACCAAAGAGGCGUGACAAACCCAGGGGUGACAAACCCAGGGGUGAAAAAACUGAAAAUCUACAAAAAGUAAAUGUUAAACCUGAUGAAGAAAAGCAAACACCUUUUAUCAAAGAAGAUGAAUUUGAAAAGCGACGUGCUGCUUCCAAAGUUGCUGUUGUAACAGUACCAGCUGUGGCAGUUGCAACUGCCACAGCUCUUGCUGCUGUUCCAAGUAAACAAAAAAAGGAAUAUAAACCAGAAUCUAAUUUUGAUAAUCAAAAGAAUACAUCUUCUGACUGGAGUGUUGGAACUGAACUCACAAGUUGUCAGUUUACCGAGAGCACCUGGAAAAAUGAAAAAGAUAUUUCAAAAUUAUCUAAUGACUUGCAGUCAAAAAGUGAAGACAAAGUAGAACAAAAAUCAGUGAAAAAUAUGUCUUCCGUACGCAUUGAAUCGACACCCAUGCAAACAAAGAAAAUUGAUCAGUCUUUAAGUGAAUCUGAUUUCCCUUCUCUUGGUAAGGUUGUAACAUCAUCUGGAAGUAGUUGGGGAAAAGUAGUACCAGAUGCCAAUGAGUUUCCUGCACUUGGAUCUUCUGCAAAUCUACGUAAGCUUGUGCCCACCCCAAUUGAUGGUUCUGCUUCAUCUAAAGUAUCUCAGAAGUCUGAACUCCAUGUUGACUUUAGUAAAGCAAUAGCAGCUAAUGCCAUAUUGCAUGAUAAAAAGAAAAAGGCAUUGCAGUUGCAUCCUCAACCACCACCACCUCCUACACAAUCCUAUGAGGACUUCCCAACCCUUAGUUCUAUAGCUGAAAUUCUAAAAGGAGCACCAGAAUCAAAUCAAUCCUGGACAAUACAUAAACAAGCUUCUGCUGAAGUUAAAAGCACCAAAACAUCUUCAAAAAAUCCAAUCAUGAUGCAUUCACAAGCUACAAGUCAACAGAAAGAGAAAAUCAAAGAGAAACCUGUUAAGGAAAGGAACAAACAAACUACCAACUCAAAUCCCGAGAAAGAAAAGAAAUUUAACUCUAAUGGUGUUCACAUCACGGACCAAUCAACUUCAGCGAAGGCAGCGAGAUCAAAGCCCUCUAAAGAAAGGAACAAACAAACUACCAACUCAAAUCCUGAGCAAGAAAAGAAAUUUAACUCCUCUAAUGGUUUGCACACCAAGGACCAAUCUACUUCAGCGAAGGCAGUGAUACCAAAGCCCUCUAAAGAAAAGAACAAACAAACUACCAACUCAAAUCCUGAGAAAGAAAAGAAAUUUAACUCCUCUAAUGGUUUGCACACCAAAGACUUAUCAACUUCAGCGAUGGCAGAGCAAUCCAAGCCCCCUUAUAUGGACAAUCCAUCUGUAAUCUGUACAAAAACAGAGAAAAUUUCAAAAUCGGAAGAUGAUUCUAAAGCAUCAGACAUUGAUUCUGAUUCAACAACUAGAAUGCCACCUGGAUUUCCACUACAGACUCCUAAAAGAUAUCCACCAGGAUUGUCACUGCCAACAACAAUCCCACCUCCAGGAUUUGAUAAGGGAUCAACUUUUAACCCACCCCCAAGAUUCUCAGUUGCCUCUGUGUUUGUCGAGCCUAGUAACUUUAAACAAAGAAAUAUGGAUCUAAUUUAUAAAAUUCAAACACAUUUGAACUAUGACGUUGAUGGAUUCAAUGAAUUCAAAAGAUUGUCAGGUCAGUUCCGUCAGGGGAACCUGUCUGGCAAGGACUACUAUGAAA